AUGUUUGUUGGCUGUAGCGCACUGACGGUGACGCAGGCUCCGGCAGACACAGCUGUUCUUAUUGGCCGCAAUGCUACCAUCGCCUGCAUCGUCACCAACAAGGCGUCUUCCGAGAGCGUCCAAUGGAAGUUCAGAUCCAACGGAAGCUCGACCUUCAACCCCGUGACCUUUGACUCCAACAUUCUGGGUUCGGCCACAAAGUACGCCAUCCAGACCGUGUACAACCUAACCAUCAUCACCGCCGCAACCAGCGACGAGGGCGUCUACAGAUGCACCGCUGGAACCACGGACUAUGACGCCAAGCUUACCGUUGUCGAUCUGCCGUCGAGCGUGUCUCUGACGAUGAACGGCGCCGCAAACGCUGGAACGACCGUGAACCUCACGUGCACCGCCAAUAAUGGCCGCCCGACGCCCAACCUUCGAUGGCUUAUCAAUAACGUCGAGCGAACCAGCUCUGCAAUCCUGCAAACGGGUUCCGUUUCUGCUACAGGUUAUAUCUUUUAA